CAAGUAUUUCUUUACUCAGGUUUAUUGACGGAUGUAAGAUGGAAAAUAAGUAUGAUCCAACAAUCCGAAUAAGCAAGAAAGCUCCUAGUAUUUUGGAUAGGCCUUUAAACAAAGGACGAAAUGAGGUUCACAUCAGUUCAUUUGCUUUGCUCUUCUCCGAGAUUGUCCAAUAUUCUCAAAACCGAGUCACCACUGUUGCUGAUUUGCAAACAAAGCUUUCAGAUUUGGGAAAAAGUAUAGGAUCAAGAAUACUUGAUGUGCUAGUUUUGCGUGAAAAGGGACACAAACGAGAGACAAGAAUUAUCAAUGUUCUUUUAUUGAUCAAGACCAAUGUAUGGAAAUCACUAUUUGGGAAAGAGGCUGACAAACUGGAGCAAUCCAAUGAUGAUGACAAGACAUAUUACAUAAUUGAAAAAGAACCUUUGGUUAAUAAAUUUAUAUCACGACAAAAAGACAAAGGUGGAUUGAAUUGUGCAUUUUUUAUUGCUGGAAUUGUUGAAGAGAUUUUGCAAGGAUGCAAUUUUCCCUGUACUGUGACUGCACAUUGGCACAAAGGAACAACAUUUAUGAUUCAGUUUGAUGAAACAGUUAUUGCUCGGGACAAAGCAUUUGAUGCAAGAUGAGACAAAGUAUAUUUGGUGAAAAGAAUGACGAUUGAUAACGCUGCAAUACUGUAUUUGUACCGCAGUAAAGUAAUUGAAGCACAUAAAAUUUUCUCAAUUAAGCACCUUGAAAAUUUUCUUGUUACACAUUUUACACACGAUGAAUCAACUUGAACAUUGAUGUGAAUAUGGGGUUAAAUUGGUUGUAGAACAUUACUAUAGUUACAGGAUUAACUUACAUACUAUAACAUUUCUGUAAAUACGUAGAUUACCGAUGAUUUAUUGGAAAAUUAUGUAGUUACAUGAUUGACGUACAACAACACUUGCUGUGAUAGUGUGAUUAAAACAUUAAUAAGCAGGAUUUGCAAGGACUAAA